AGACAGACAGCCGAAAUGAACGGCAACAAGAAGAUGGAAGAUGAGGCGGUGCUGGACCGAGGGGCGUCCUUACUCAAGCACAUCUGUGACGAGGAGGAGGUCGAAGGUCACCACACCAUUUACAUCGGCGUGCAUGUGCAGAGCCACCAUCGACGGAGGCGUCACCAUCGGCGAAUGACCCAUCAAAAGAGCAGGAAGGAGAAGUUCACGGAGAGCACCUUUGACAAGUCAGAAACAGAACAUAGCAACGAGGCCAGCAACAGCAUCCUCAAACCUCUCAUCUCACCGGCAGCUGAGAGGAUCCGAUUUAUCCUUGGAGAGGAUGAUGAUGGCUCGACGCUCCCUCAGCUUUUUACAGAGUUGGAUGAACUUCUGUCGGUGGAUGGACAGGAAAUGGAGUGGAAAGAGACAGCAAGGUGGAUCAAGUUUGAAGAAAAGGUAGAAGAAGGAGGUGAACGUUGGAGUAAGCCCCAUGUGGCCACGUUGGGCUUGAACAGCCUUUUUGAACUGCGGAAAUGCAUUGAGAAAGGCAGCAUCAUGCUGGACAUGGAAGCUUCCACUCUUUCACAGGUUAUUGAGCUGAUCACUGAUAACCAGAUAGAGAUGGGCCAACUAAAGGAGGAACUGAGGGAGAAGGUGAUGUACACGUUGCUACGGAAACAUCGCCACCAAACCAAGAAGUCCAACCUGCGCUCUUUGGCAGACAUUGGCAAAACAGUCUCCAGUGCAAGUAGGCUGUUUACCAUCCAGGAAAAUGAUAGUCCCACCCCAUCUCACCGGAACCUUAAUUCAAGUAGCAUGAAUGACAUUUCUGACAAACCUGAAAAAGACCAGUUGAAGAACAAGUUCAUGAAGAAGUUGCCCAGAGACGCAGAGGCCUGCAACGUGCUGGUGGGGGAGGUGGACUUCUUGGACACACCAUUUGUGGCAUUUGUUCGUCUGCAGCAAGCUGUGAUGCUGGGAGCAUUAACUGAGGUUCCUCUUCCCUCAAGAUUCUUAUUCAUCCUGCUUGGUCCCAAAGGCAAACCCAAGUUGUACCACGAGAUUGGUCGAUCCAUCGCCACACUGAUGUCAGAUGAGAUCUUCCAUGACAUUGCAUAUAAGGCCAAGGACAGACAAGACCUGUUGGCCGGCAUCGAUGAGUUCAUGGACGAGGUGACCGUGCUUCCUCCUGGAGAAUGGGACCCCGCCAUCAGGAUAGAACCUCCAAAAUCCCUCCCCCCACCACAAAAAAGAAAAAACAUCUAUGCAGCAGGAGGAAACAUGCAGAUGAAUGGAGAUGCGCCUUAUGACGAAGGUCACGGAGGGGGACACGUUGUAGGGGAGGAGCUGCAGAAGACGGGAAGGUUUUGUGGAGGUUUCAUACUUGACAUCAAAAGAAAAGCACCUUUCUUUGUCAGUGAUUUCACCGAUGCAUUACACAUCCAGGCGCUGUCUGCCAUUUUGUUUAUUUACCUGGGAACUGUGACAAACGCCAUCACCUUCGGCGGCUUGCUGGGGGAUGCCACUGAAAACAUGCAGGGUGUGUUAGAAAGUUUCCUGGGCACAGCCAUUGCUGGUGGUGUCUUCUGUCUGCUGGGUGGCCAGCCCCUCACCAUCCUCAGCAGCACCGGCCCUGUCCUGGUGUUUGAACGACUGCUAUUCAACUUCAGCAGAGAUCAUGAGUUUGACUACCUGGAGUUUCGUCUGUGGAUCGGCCUGUGGUCAGCAUUCCUCUGCCUGGUGCUCGUAGCCACCGACGCCAGCUUCCUGGUGCAGUACUUCACCCGUUUCACAGAGGAAGGCUUCGCCUGUCUGAUCAGCUUCAUCUUCAUCUAUGAUGCCUUCAAGAAGAUGAUCAAGUUGGGUCAUCACUAUCCCAUCAACUCUGAUUAUAACUUGGAUUAUGUCACACAGUAUAAUUGUGUCUGCAUGGCCCCCACUACUCCAGAAAACACUACAGAAAUUAAUGGCGAUCCUUUAGAGGGUACCUUUAACUGGAACAACAAUGAUCUGCCAAUGAAUGCCACAUGGUCAUCCCUGACAAUGCCUGAGUGCUUAAAGUACAAAGGACAGCUGAUGGGAGAGGCCUGUGACUUUGUCCCAGACAUCACCCUCAUGUCCUUCAUCCUGUUCUUUGGCACGUACUCCUGCUCCAUGUUUCUGAAGAAGUUCAAGACUAGUCGGUUUUUCCCCACCACCGUGAGGAAUCUUAUCAGUGACUUUGCCAUCAUCCUAGCUAUUCUUAUCUUCUGUGGAGUUGACAUGUUUGUAGGUGUGGAUACCCCUAAACUCAUUGUGCCAAGUGAAUUCAAGCCAACCAGUCCGAAACGUGGAUGGUUUGUGCCACCAUUCGGCGGAAACCCCUGGUGGGUUUACCUGGCAUCAGCUCUUCCUGCCCUUCUGGUCACCAUACUGGUGUUCAUGGACCAACAGAUUACUGCCGUGAUUGUUAACAGGAAGGAAAACAAGCUAAAGAAAGGGGCAGGUUACCAUCUGGACCUGUUCUUGGUGGCAAUUCUGAUGGUCAUUUGCUCUUUCAUGGGUCUGCCGUGGUACGUGGCAGCCACUGUCAUCUCUAUCGCUCACAUCGACAGUUUGAAGAUGGAAACAGAAACAUCAGCUCCCGGAGAGCAACCAAAGUUCCUGGGUGUCAGAGAGCAGAGAGUGACAGGUGUGUGUGUGUUCCUGCUGACAGGACUGUCUGUAUUCAUGGCACCUAUUUUAAAGUUCAUUCCUAUGCCUGUGCUGUAUGGAGUGUUCCUGUAUAUGGGAGUCGCCUCUCUAAAUGGAGUACAGUUUAUGGAUCGUCUCAAGCUGUUUUUGAUGCCGGCGAAACACCAACCAGACCUGGUGUACCUGCGGCACGUUCCCCUCAGGAAGGUCCACCUCUUCACCUUGCUACAGAUUUUUUGCUUGGCUAUGCUCUGGAUCCUCAAGUCCACUGUGGCUGCCAUUAUAUUCCCUGUCAUGAUCCUUGCUCUGGUAGCUGUCAGAAAGUUAAUGGACUACAUGUUCUCCCAGCAUGACCUCAGCUUCCUGGAUGAUGUCAUCCCAGAGAAGGACAAGAAGAAGAAGGAGGAUGAGAACAACAAAAAGCGGAGCAGUAUAGACAGUGAACCUGACGAAUCUGACUACCCUUACAAUGAGAAUGUUCCCACCAUUAAAAUCUCCAUGGACACAAUGGAGCAGAAGCCUUUCUUAGAUGAUAAAGCCUCUGACAGUGAGAAAUCGCCAUCGUUCCUUGAACGACACACUUCGUGCUGAGCAGCUCCGCUACUACAAGGCCAACUGUUUGUCCAGCCCUGAGAUGAGUCCGCUGAAGUCUGUGCCUCAGAUUAAAAUCGAGAUGGACUCAGAUGAUGAAAAUUCUUCACACUGGAGCAGCAGAGGGUCUGAAACCUCCCUGUAGGAGCAAAUUGUGCAGCAGCAGGAAGACAUAUCUCUUUUUCUUCCCAUCUUAUAUUGAAAACACCUGUGAAAAGAACAUGAAAAGUGCACAGAAUGAUUUAAUGCAGACACACUAAAUGAAAGAAAACUGUUUUUUUCUACUAAUGAAGUAAUUUUAGGAGUCCUUCUUUUCUUUCAUUCCAUCUUGUCUCCAUGACUAUAUCUAUUGUUUUAUUUCUGAUGUACUCAAAUGCUGAUCAAAAUAAUUCUUUACUACUCUUCUGUGCAGUUCCUUUGAGUGACAGGAUGCGCUGCAGCUCUUUCUGACCACUUCCUGGAGUAUCCUCCAUUCUCUUUUUAUACAAACAUUUAUUUUAAUUUUUAUAUCAAUUAAAUUACUCUAAUAAUGUUCUCCUGUAGCAGGAAAACAGUUUUUAAAUAGCUCUACCUCUUAUUUUAGAUUUGGUGAUGAUUAUUCUGGGGGAAUAAAUGCAAUGAUGAUUUUUUUUUUUUUUUUUGUCUUUUUUAAUGCUGCAUGGGUUUUUGAUAUUGUCACUUUUCUCUUGUAAAGUUGGAAUAUUCUAAGAGAUUAAUUGUAUCAUAGCUUUUGAAAGAAAUAUGUGCAAAUAUAUAUAGAAAUUUAAAAUGUAUUGAAAUGUUAAUUACACUUAAUUAACAAUGCAUAUUUCUAUGUGCAGAUGAGGAAAAUAUUUUUAUUAUCACUUCUUGAUCUAAUGCUGUCCUAAUUUAACUGUUGUCUGAUGCUUUCAUGCUGUUCACUUCAAAAUUUUGUUACUUCUUUAAAUUAAAUCAUACAUUUCUGUAUUUGUUUUCUGAUUGUAAUAUGCAUGUUUUUCUCAGAGCAUAUACCUGCUUGUGCUGCACAAACGACUUUGCCGAAGUGACUUACUGAGACGACUUAAAUUCAUGUGGUAAUGGUUGAAGGGAUUAUAAGUGGGCUCCAGUCGUCCAGUCCACAUCAGGACCUUGUUUUCUGAUUAACAGGUUUAGGAGUUCAUUGUCUCUAGGUUUGCCAUCUGUGGUCCUGAUGGCACAGUGAAGUAAUGCAUCGUAAGUGAUUGACUUUCAGUAGUUGAAAAUUCAAUAAAAAACUGACAAACUAUAAA